AGAGCAUGUAAAGUAACCUCUGUUUACAGAAAGAUGCCUUAUUUUAUAUAUUUUUUGCUUGUUGUUGCAAAUAGUCAACGUUUUUAAUAAGAAAUAUUAAAUAUUACAACUUGCAUAAUUACAGAAACGAAUUAUGCCAUAGUGUUCUUCAACUUGUGCAUGAUUUAUAUUUACUUACAAGAACAUAGUAUUUGGAGAAGAUGGAUUACAAAGCACGUCGACGUUACACGACUGUCGCGGACACAACUGAUUUCCAAAAUGAUUAUCCUCACGACAUUCAGAUGUACGAUGUGCCACCAGUGGGUGAAAUGUCAUUGGAGGAAUUUCAAGAAUUGGGAUUUGACAGAUUGAAAGUACUGCGAUUGGUCGAGACGACGAAUUGUAGAGGUGAUCUAAAAACACUGGAAGAACGCAAGAAAGCUCUGCAUGAUUCUUUGAAAACUGACGGACUGAAAUACUAUGCAAAUCUUGUGUAUGCGGAUGGAUCCAAUCCACAGUCUGAGGAACAUUCACAGACCAGGAAAAAAGAUCAUAUAUCACAUUUUAUUUUGAGACUUGUAUACUGCAAUGAUCCAGAACAAAGUAAAUGGUUCAUCAAUCAGGAAGUUGAAUUCUUCAAAUUAAGGUUUAGCUCAUUAGAUAAGAAGGGUAUUGAAUACUUAUUGAGCAUCAACAACAUGGAUUGCAUACCUGUUUUACCAGAUGAAAAAGAAGAACUGAAAGAAGAGCUUAGUUUGUCAUCUGGAAAAGUUACAAAUAUUGAUAUCACUGAUAUUUACAAAGUGCAUUUUGAAAAAGUUUUUGAUUUAGUCAAAGGACGUAAAGUAUACCUCAAUGCAGGAAUGGCAUAUAUCACCCAUCUGGAUCUAAGUUCUGUAUUUAUUUCUUAUUUUAGAGAACAUCUAACUGCAGGAUUAGAGAGUGCAAAGAUCUUUUAUGAUAAUCUAUCCGAUGAUGAAAGAUUGACGAGGUAUUUAACAAAUCUUCCUUCAGCUUUCUCUGGAAUGGCACGUAUUGUGUGGUCAACCACAGCUACACCUAUUGAUAAACUGAACGAUUUAUCCAAAACAUCAUAUCCUUUAUGUAUGAGAACACUUCACGAAGCGCUUUGCAACAACAGUCAUCUAAGAAAUUCAGGACGCAUGCAAUAUGGAUUAUUCCUGAAAGGUAUAGGUGUGACUUUAGAAGAUGCUCUGCGCUUCUGGAGAGAUGCAUUUUCUAAAAAGACAGAUGGAGCUGCGUUUGAGAAAAAAUAUGCAUACUCGAUUAGGCAUUAUUACGGUAAAGAAGGAAAGCAAACAAAUUACACGCCAUAUGGCUGUCAAAAAGUUAUAUCUAGCUCUGUUGGACCUGGAGAAUAUCACGGAUGCCCUUUUAGACAUAUGGAUCGCGAUUCACUGUGCCAAAAGUUAACUAGUUUUGGUGUAUUUGCCUCUAAUGUGACUGAAAUAUUGGAUUUAGCUAAGGAUGGACAAUAUCACCUCGCAUGUGCCAAGUAUUUUGAAGUUAUGCACAACAAACCAGCAAGCAAACCCCUUCUACAUCCAAAUGCGUACUUUGCUGAAAGUCGAGCAAUUUUAACGGAAGACGAUAAUAAUAGUAAAGAUGUCGAUAACAAAGAUAAAUUCUCUCAAAGUGUAACUGGAACUCCUGGAGAUAUAUCUUCGAGGAAAAGUGACAGAUAUUCCACACCUUCUAGAAAUUCGGAUUUCACUGGUACACCAAACAGAAACGACAAAUACACUACACCUUCGAGAAACACGGACACAGUUGACACACCUCUAAGAAAAAUCCAAAAAAUGAAUUAUCAAACGCCUUCGAAAAAGUCUAAAAUGACUCCAAUAAACAUCGCGGAAAUGCUAAACGAUGAUGAUUUUACAGAUUUUAUGGCUGUAGAUCUAAUGGAUCAAAGCUAACAAAUAACAU